GGAGAGUCCUGGCAAGAAGCAAGCCGUGGGGAGAGGAGAAAUGGCAGGAAAGUUUUGGAGAUGUGACUGUCAUGUCCAGGGAGGCCCUCCAUCAUCGCCCCUAUAACCUUUCACUUGGCAGGCUUUGCGGUCCUGAUGCUGCUCCAGUGCUGCUCUGCAUACAAGCUGGUCUGCUACUACACCAACUGGUCCCAGUACCGGGAAGGUGAUGGAAGCUGCUUCCCAGAUGCCAUCGACCACUUCCUAUGCACCCACAUCAUCUACAGCUUCGCCAACAUCAGCAACAAUGAGAUUGACACAUGGGAGUGGAAUGACGUGACACUCUAUGGCACGCUGAAUGCACUUAAAGCCAGAAACCCCGACCUGAAGACCCUCCUGUCUGUUGGAGGAUGGAACUUUGGCUCACAAAGAUUUUCAAGGAUUGCCUCCAACUCUCAGAAACGCAGGACUUUCAUCAAGUCGGUUGCCCCAUUUUUGCGGGCCCAUGGCUUUGAUGGGCUUGACCUCGCCUGGCUCUACCCUGGCCCAAGAGACAAGCAGCAUCUCACCACCCUGAUCAAGGAACUAAAGGCCGAAUUCAUAAAAGAAGUUCAACCAGGGACAGAGAAACUCCUGCUCAGCGCAGCGGUGUCAGCAGGGAAGGUGGCCCUUGACAGUGGCUACGACAUCGGCCAGAUAUCCCAACACCUGGAUUUUAUUAGUCUCAUGACCUACGAUUUCCACGGAGCCUGGCGCCAAACCACAGGACAUCACAGCCCCCUCUUCCGAGGCCUAAAGGACGCUAGCUCUGACAGAUUCAGCAACGUGGACUAUGCUGUGGGGUACAUGCUGAGGCUGGGAGCCCCGGCUAGCAAGCUAGUGAUGGGAAUCCCCACUUUUGGGAAGAGCUUCACUCUGGCAUCUUCUGAGACCGGGGUGGGAGCUCCAAUCUCGGGGCCAGGAUUACCAGGCCGGUUCACCAAGGAGGAAGGAACCCUCGCCUACUACGAGAUCUGUGAUUUCCUCAAAGGAGCCCAGGUGCAUAGAAUCCCUGGUCAGCAGGUUCCCUAUGCUACCAAGGGCAACCAGUGGGUGGGGUACGACGACCAGGAGAGUGUCAAAAACAAGGUGCAGUACCUGAAGAGCAAGCGGCUGGCAGGAGCCAUGGUGUGGGCGCUGGAUUUGGAUGACUUCCGGGGCUCCUUCUGCGAGCAGAAGCUACGCUUCCCACUCACCAGAGCCAUUAAGGAGGCUCUUGCUAUGGCUUAGCUCCUUUCCUACAUGGUACCUCACAUCCUCUGGCUAGGAGUCUGGCCACUUGCACUGCUAAGUCCCCCAGCUGGGCCUCAGGCUCCCUAUCUCGUAGGGGCCACAGCAUUGAGGUUUGGGCUCAGCCCUGGGGAACAGAGAAGUAGGGUAGGUCAUGAGAGUCACAGUGUGAGAUGAGGUUCAGUGCAUCUCUGCUGAGGAAGGGAAAUUCCCAGGCUCUAAGCCCAACCCCUCAUUCCUUCGGCUCUCCGGACCAAAGGACACCAUUUUGGCAGGUUAUACCACCAACUAGGCAAACAUCUUACAAGAUGCAAUGGCCAUACUAAUUAUACCCUCUGCAAAGCCCAACUUGAAACCUUCACUUGGGAACAUAAUCGUAUCGCCAUCCCACUUCCCUUUCCUAAUUCCCCAGCUGUUCAAUAAAGCGCAAGAGCUUA